UUGUGAUAUUUUGAAAAACAUGUGGCUGCUCCUUCUAUUGCUAACUUCGGCACAAUGUCUACACACGCGGGAGCCCCCCGCCCCCGCGCCGCUCACCCGCAGCGCCCCUCAGGAGAGAUGGUUGGAUGUCAGACUUAACCAUUUUGAUGCUAGCGACACAAGGAGUUUUAGGAUGCGUUACUACUACAACGAUGAAUUCACAAGCCAACACAGCAACAUAGUAAUAUUUGUAGGGGGGGAGUGGGAGAUCUCCCCCGGGUGGACACAGACCGGGCUGGCCUAUGAACUGGCUUCGAGGACUGGCAGCGGCCUGUUUUAUACUGAACAUCGGUACUAUGGUAGUACUCGGCCUACUAGAGACACACAACUAACAAACCUUCGCUUCUUAAACGUAGACCAGGCGCUCGGUGACUUGGCGCAGUUCAUACAGCAUGUAAAAAGUGACGACUAUGAAGGUGGAAAGUUUAAGAACGCCACAGUGGGUCUAGUAGGAUGUUCAUACGCGGGCAGCAUGGCCACCUGGAUGAGACUCUCCUACCCCCACCUGGUGGACGCUGCCUUCUCUGAUAGUGGACCACUGUAUGCACAGGAAGAUUUUCCUGAAUAUUUAGAAGUGAUAACCGAAGCGCUACGCUCGCAAGGCAGCGAGGCAUGCCUUACUAGCGUGGGAGAGGCGAUACAACGCAUGGUAGACUUGCUGGGGACAGACGAUGGAGCUGCACAAGUAUCGACUAUGUUUAACACCUGCGCCCCACUCCGCGCCAACGCAACCCUGGACAUUACCACGUUCUUUUGGUACGGCAUCACGGAGACAUUCGCCUACCUGGUGCAAUACGCAACGCCGGGGGAUAUAACUAGUGCAUGUGAAGUCAUGACGGACAGCGCAGUUGCGGACCCAAUGCAACGUCUCGCAAACUGGAUUACCAAAGAACCCUGGACUCAACCAUGCAUCGAACCGCGUUACGAGGAGGUUGUAAAGAAACAUAAUAAUGUUAGCUAUGAUGCCCCUGAUACUACUAUGCGUCUCUGGACAUACCAAACGUGCGUGGAGUACGGUUGGUACCAGACCACGACCAGCUCGCACCAGCCAUUCCUCUCCACUGUUCCCUUGGAGUACUUCCAUCAGAUGUGCAAGGACUUCUUUUCGGUUGAUAUAAACGAGAGCCUACUUCGCGCGGGAAUCCACCGCACGAACCUUUUCUUCGGCGGCUUCAACAUACCAGACCACGUGGUGUCGGUGGCCGGGGGCAUUGACCCCUGGUCCCCGAUGGGGCCAAAUGCGACACAUAGCAGGCCCAAUGCCCCUGUGUACUUUGUGCCUGAAAUCUCACAUUGCAGGGCUAUAAGGCCUACAAACGACAGCGAAACAGAAAUACUUCGAGAUGCAAAAUUAUCAGUCCUCCGUCACAUGGAGUUGCACAUGACGGGAGACAGCGUGCAGUCUGCCGCUCAUAGUGUUGGAAUAACUCCAUUGAUUGUUGUGUUUAGUAUAGCUUUAUGGUUGUUGUAAGGGUUGAAAUAAAUUUGUGUGUGUAAA